UAUAAGUAAAGAAUCAUUUCAGAUGGCGAUUUAACACCAUUCUGGUGAAAGCUAAUUGCUUGUUUUCUUUAAUAAGUUCCUCAUUGAAGCAUUAUAGAAGUUUAGAGAUAUCCAGAGACAUUUCAAGUCCUAAUGGAAACAGAUUUCCCAAGAGGAGUGCUAGAAAACGCUACAAUUAAAACACCUGGGAACCCACCCCUCAUAGUAAUACAGUUUGGAUUACGCCUUAUUGUGCAGCAUAGAAUCUCAUUUAUCUUCAGUAUGAGCUCCAAAAGAAUCCAAAUGGCUUGAGUUGUUGGGAGUCAGUCAGCUGCAGAGCUAAAAACAGCUUUAUUUGACUUAGUGCUUAAAAGAAUAUUGGAGGGAAGAAGUUAUUCCUCCUUUUAUGAUGGAUGAAAAAUGAGUGAAUAUAGCUACAAGAUGAAUAAAUAGUCCAGCUUAUUUCCAGGGUUCCCAGUGCCGAUUCCGACACUGUGAAGAGGCCCUUGGCAGUGACACUGUGUGCUCAUUAUGGAGAGAGGGAAAAUGUUUAGAUCCACUUUGCAGAUUUAGACACAUGGAAAUGCAGCAAAACUGCAGCAUUUCAUGCUUCUGGGAAACUCAACCUCUUGGUUGUGUGAAGAUCAGUUGUAUCUUUUAUCACAGCAAACCUCGAAAUAUCAAUGGAUUAUUUUUGCCACCAAGUAGCAAUAUCACACCACAGAAAGAAACUCAGGAAGGAAUUCCACCCCUGACCCAGAGUCAGGAACCCCUGAAACCUCAGGAGAAUAUAUCACGACCCAUUCAUCAUCCUUUAGUUUUAAAAACUAACUUUGAGGAAGAAGAGGAGGAAGGAGAUGAACAAAAUGAUGCAUCUAGUUUAUGGACAAAGACUCCUGAAGAAAUUGAAGAAAAAAGAGCAAUAAAGGAGAUGUGUUAUAAAUCCGGUGAAUACUACAGAUUUCAUACUCCAGAUAUUUCAUCAUCAAAAAGCAUAGCCUCUACAGCAGACAAAGAGUUAGAAAAGCCUUUGGAAAAUGGCAGUGAAUUGCAAGAAGGGGAUGGUCUUACAGUUCCAACAAAAUUUAGCCUAUCUGAAAGGCAAGGUGAGAUAAAAGCAUCAUUGGAUAGGAAACCAAGGACUGACAUUGCUGCUUUUGAAAAUGGAGGAGGUGACUGUUAUGUUCCACAGAGGAUCAUAUUCCUUGGAGUAGAUGAAAAGGAAGCUGUAACUGAAGAGAAAGAAAUUACCGUGUCAAAAUGUUCAAAUACUAAAGAUAACAAGGACAGCCCUCAUCCAAAGCGUUCCCUAACUACCCGACUAGUACCUACAACGCAUGUAUUAAAUGCUACCGAGAAUAUCAGUAUGAAGUGCAGAGAGGACCCCUCUUCAAUGAAUGAUGUCCAGCCAGUGAGGAAGCCUCACUUUAAAGGUGUGAAGAAAAGAAAAUGGAUUUACGAUGAACCAAGGAAUUUUCCUGGCCAAGGAAUGCAGAGAGCAGUACAGGCCCCAAAUCCCAAAAAUAAAAUGAGUUACCAUCGCAAUAAUAAAAACAGAAGUGCUGAGAAUGCAUCCUAUAUCCAUGUUCAGAGAGAUGCUAUCAGGACUGUCUCACUGAGUGCACCUCCCCGCAGCAGGCCCACAAAUAGGUCCUACAAUAAAGUCGAUGGUAACAAGGAACCCAAACUCAACCUUUGUCCAGAUAAAUAUAUGUCAACAUCAUAUAAUGGUUCAGCCUGGCGAAAAAGGAUUCCUUUUUCAAAAACAUAUUCAAAAACUGAAAAGAUAUAUACAGAGCCAAGAAGAAAUGGGAGCAAGUAAAUCUGGAGGUUGAGAGAAGAGAAAAAUGAGAAGAGAAAAGUGCCAGAUAUCAUCUGAUUUACAAUCAAAAGUGAAAAUUCAAAGAAUGAGAUAUUCAAGUACUCCAUACUAUAUACUGGGUAGCCAAAGAUGAUAAAAUGCAAAUUCUGAAAAUAAGAUGCAGGAAGUACAUUGUGCUCUUUCAAAACUGAUAAAAAUGCAAAUUACAAACAGCUGCCUGUGUAUUUAUAUAGGUCUGGAAUUCAUUCUAUGUAUUGCCACAAACAUUUAAUAAAAUUUAAAAGUUUGACAAUUAAAAUCACUCUUUAAUUGUAAAUAAACUAAGUUAGAUUGCACACA